CUCCCCAAGCAAGGUGGCUGUCAGGGGAACUCAUCCAAUUGGCGGGUUGCGAUGUCGAAGCGCAGAAACGUUCAGUUUGUUCGAGAUGAGCCUUCAUUUAUUCGUCAGUUUAAGGAAAAGAUCGGCUAUAAGGAGGGUCCAACUGUAGAUACAAAGAGACAGAAGCUAGAAUUUAAUAACAGUGAUGAUGAUGACAGCCCAGAAAAAGAGGAUGAAAAACCUGUAGUUGUGGUGCUGCAGUCUGGAGACUUAACAGCUGAAGAAGUAGAAAAAUUACAAAAGAUACAAGAAGAUGAGGAAGCCAUUAGUGAUAAAAAAAUCAAGUUUAAAAAGCCUGUUAGGAAGGGAGAUAAUGCAGAAGAAGCUGAAAGUGUGGAGAAGACCAAAGAGACUCAGGGAAAAGGGAAACAAAAAAAGGAGAAGAAAAAGAAAGAUAAACCAAAGUCAAACCUGUUGUCAUUUGGUGCUGAGGAAGAAGAUGGUUGAUUUCUUAACAUGCUAUGGAUUUGGUUGGUUGUUGUAGCAAGGAGUUGGAGGGGAGUGUGUGUUUAUGUAUACAUGGUGUGCUUGUUUCUGAAAGUGCUUUUGUGGGAUUGUAUUUUUUAAAAUUACUAUUUAAUUUUUAUGGGGGGAGGGGAGAGGAGGGUUGUUCACAUGACAGUGACAGUUCAUAAUAAAAAAUUGUUGGCUGCCAUCAGGAUUCUUUCUCUUUUGCUUGAUUGUUACAGCAAAAUAUUAAAUGGUCAGUGCCAUGAUGGAACUUGAUGGUACAUAAUAAAAUAAAAAAAUGUAACUGACCUUUCAUAAUAAAUGUUAUGUACAUGAAA